UUCACGAGUCAAAAGGGAGUGUCACGGAAUGUAUCAGAGUUGAUUUCAGAGCACGCAAUGUACCUUCUUAGGAUUACAAGAUGAUUGACAUGACUAUAUCAUGAUACUCUCAAUGUCCUAUAUGCAAUCGCCCAAAGUAAUAGAAUAGCUCGAUGCAUGAUGUGAGUGGAGGAGCAUCCACAACAGUGAAUUAGUUUCCGGUUCCAGAACUCUCACUGUCUUCUUCCUCAGGUCAGGACAGUAUGUAAUGUUUUCUGCAUCUUUUAUUUCUCUUAGCCAUUUCUUCAAAUAUUUGGUUGAAAUGCUUUUGGCAGACAGACACAUUCUUUUAUCUCUGAUCUAAGCUUGAUCAGAUACUGAGUUUUCCCAAAGCAGGCUUCUGCUGCAUGUGAACCCACAAAGAAACAGUACCGGGAAUUGAUCCCCGUGAUAAGAUCUUGAGCUGACCAACUUUGUUCUCUAGCUUUUUGCCUACACCCUGCAGCAUUUCUUUACUUCUAAGAUGACACUAUUCUUUCGGUGUCAUAAAGCUUGGAUUAAAAUGAUUGCUGCAACAGGUAACUCGAGCUUAUCGAUGGCCCCAUGCAGUAGCCAUUAGAGCACAUUUCUUGAGGAACGUGUGCAUAGCUACAGCUUCCUGUGGCAGUGGUUUCAUGGCUGAGAACGCCUGGGUGAUCCUUCACAAGGGAGCUGCCGGCCACAGAGCAGGGUUGGCACCAACCCGUGACUUGCUCCCCACUGUUGUCUCCUUGUCCACCUGUGGCCUCCUUCCCCCUCUUCUGGGCCACUGGUGCGCUAUAUAGUACAACAAGAGUUCACGGGACUCUCCCUGCCAUGGCUACACUCCUCCUUUCACCAAUAAAAUACCCUUCUCCACUUGCUCCCUCUUGUUCUUCAUGAUCUUGGCACUCUUUAACCCUGUGGAUCUCCAGAACCUUCAUAUUACACUUCCCAAACUUUUAGAAGAACCUGUGACUAAGUAAUCUUGCCUCGCAAUGGACUAUGGUCAUCAUCCUUUUACUUUCUCCAUUUGAUCCGAGGAAAAAAUGCAUGCAAGAUGCACUUUUUAUAGCGAGAUAAUGAUGGUCUGAUCCACAAGGAGGUGACAUGUGUCAUCUCCUUCAUGGGUUCCUCACCCAUGUCACCGCUGCAAGCUUAAAUAGCUGAAGACCCAGGUCUUCUUCUUCCUUGGCUUACUCCUCUGUUCUGUGUUGUGCUUUCCUGCUUUCCUCUUCCUUUUCCAGCUUCACAGUCUCGGAUGGGAAUUCCUCGUGCAUUGCUUGUUCUCUGCAUUGCCACCGCGUUCUUGUCGUUGGGUCCUCGUGGGUCGCUCGGAAGAAGCCACCUUCACAAGAGGCAGCAGAGUCAUGGACGCAGAGGAAAUGGAGGUCAUAGACUGCAGUCCCCUGUGGAUUCCCCUGCUGACCCACCUGCCGCCGGUACUUCCACUACCGUCACUCCCUCCAACUCCAGCUCGGACUCUAGCGUCUUCGAUGUCAGAUCGUUCGGUGCGGUCGGCGACGGCGUCACCGAUGACACCGAAGCGUUCCGGUCGGCGUGGAGGGCUGCUUGUUCCGUCGAAUCGGCCACUCUGUCUGUGCCGUCGGAUGGCGUUUUCAUGAUAACCUCCACCAUCUUCCCCGGCCCGUGCCAGCCGGGACUUGUUUUCCAGGUGGAUGGAGUCGUCAUGCCACCCGACGGACCCCAAUGCUGGCCGAAAUCCGACAGCAAGCACCAGUGGCUUGUGUUCUACCAACUGGAAGGGAUGACUCUGAGAGGAGAAGGAACCAUCGAAGGCAACGGAGAAGACUGGUGGAGCCUCCCCUGCAAGCCUCACAGAGGUCCUCAUGGAUCGACAUUGCCGGGAUCUUGCGAUAGCCCCGUGUUGAUCAGGUUCUUCAUGAGCUGCAAUCUCACCGUGAGAGACCUGCGCAUCGAGAACAGCCCGCAAUUCCACAUCAAGUUCGACGCCUGCGAGGACGUGCACAUCGAGGGACUGUCCAUAAACUCGCCGGCGUUCAGCCCCAACACCGACGGCGUCCACAUCGAGAACACCAGAUCCGUGACCAUCUACAACUCGAUGAUAAGCAAUGGUGACGACUGCAUCUCGAUCGGCCCCGGUUGCUCCGACGUCGACAUACAGAACGUCACUUGUGGCCCGGGCCAUGGCAUCAGCAUCGGGAGCCUGGGUAUGCACAACUCCGAGGCCUGCGUGUCGAACGUGUCGGUGAAGAACGCGGUGAUACGGAACUCGGACAACGGGGUGAGGAUCAAAACGUGGCAGGGAGGAAUGGGAUCGGUGUCGGACAUCAGCUUCGACACGGUGUACAUGGAGAACGUGAGGAACUGCAUCAUCAUCGACCAGUACUACUGCUCCAACAAGGGCUACUGCCAGAACCAGAGCUCCGCGGUGUACGUCUCCGGCGUGACCUACGCCAACAUCAAGGGGACGUACGACGUGCGGAGCCCGCCGAUGCACUUCGCCUGCAGCGACACGCUGCCGUGCACCAACAUCACCAUGUCGGAGGUGGAGCUGCUGCCGCACGAGGGUGAGUUGGUGGACGACCCCUUCUGCUGGAACGCCUAUGGCGUGAUGAGGACCGUCACCAUCCCACCCAUUCCUUGUUUGCAGGACGGCCAGCCAGAGUCGCUCCAGGAGAUCCCAAACUUGGGCUGCUGACUUAGCUCAAGUCACCUACGGUGGACCGCCAUAACACCAUAAUACAACGACUAUAUAAGCUAACUCUUCUUCUUCUUCUUCCUCUUCUUCCUCUGUCUCACUCGUAUCUGCUAAAGCUCACAUCCUCUGUUGGUUGCAAGUGGUAAGUAAAUCGCAAGGCAUUGGGCUCACAUUUUGUUGAAAGAAUUAGGGGAUUGCCUACACGCCAAUUUUUCUUCUAUAAAGGAUUCGAGUUUGAAUCAAACCCCACAGAGAGUUGAUUGAUGUUUCUUCUUCCAUUCCACGCGGUGUUUCUUCACCUCAUUCUCAAUCUCUGGUGGUUGGGGGCGGGGGCUUCGUCUUGUUUCCUUCUUGCAAGCAAUCUG